AUGAUUACUUUAGUCAGUCUUGCGUCGCAUUUGAGUGAGGGUAAGUUAAUAAUGAUAAUAAUAUGCCAACAUUAAUUUUUUAUUAUUUCUUUGUUGGUGUGGCAAUAGUGUUUUUUUAUCCAUAUUGUGGAUUUGAGUUUGAAACUGCCAGAAUAAUACACAAUGCAGAUGUUUAAGUCGAUCCAAUACUACAUUUGAUUAUUUCAUUCUUACAAAAUGUAGAAAACAUACUAAUGCUUUUAAUUUGUAUUGAUAACCAGGAAAAAUCAACCUACCAGCUGGUGGAGAUAUAUUGACUUCUUUGCAUGGGGCACAAGUGAAAAUAAGGUGGUCAUUUGAUGACCCUAUAUCUAGUGUAGGUUAUCGGCUUUGGUCAUUCAGUAAUAACGGUAAAAAAGUUGCAGAAUCACUUGCAACAAUAACAGAUGAUGGUUUCCCAGUGAUAUUAAACAGCAGUUUACCUGGUAUUGCAAUACAAAAGCCAGCAACAUUGAUAUUAAAGAUGGUUGAUCUGCGUUAUAAUGGAACAUACCACUUCACCCUUUUUGCACUUGGCGUUGUACAAUCUGAUGUUACGCUCUUCAUUGCAGGUAACUAUUAUUAAAUAGCAGUAGUUUUUAUUAAAUUUUUUGCACAUAAAGCAAUAGUAGAUGUACAUAGUCUUCGAACUAACAUGGUAGCCGGGGUAAUAAUUCCGCUCGGCUGUUUUCACCAGCGAAAAAAGAAGAUAGCGGUUAGCAAGUUGAGAACAAAACGAUCAAUCUGAAGGUCGAAAAAUCGUUUAAUUAAUGGAAUAAUGGAGUGAGAAGCUAUAGACAGUGUAUUCACAACAAAGGAUUGUAUAUAUAUAUAUAUAUAUAUAUAUAUAUAUAUAUAUAUAUAUAUAUAUAUAUAUAUAUAUAUAUAUAUAUAUAUAUAUAUAUAUAUAUAUCUUCCACUUGGGAAUUGAAAAUACAUUAAUUAUGCAAAGUUAGUCAAUCCAAAAGCAACGCGAGCCUGCUGCAAGCUAUUUGUUUCAUAAAACGUUUUGAUAACGAAUGUUCUCUGUUCAGGGGUUAAUUGAACCAUGUUUCGCACCAAAUUGAGUCUCGUAUUGAGUUAUAUUGUCUCACUAAGAGGAAGAUUGACGAGUUGAGCUUAUUUUAGAUAAUUUAACAUUCAAUUUUAAUUCCCUCUUGGGAAUUGUUUAUGUUUCGUUUUCGAUGCAAUUCCCAACGGUGGAAGAAUGUGAUUUCGACCGGCAAUUUUUAUUUGACGAGUAUGUGGCCAUUUCUCAUCGUUACGACUUAAAAAGAGUAUCAUUGAAAAGCUAAAUAACUGUUCUUUCGUCCUAUGUAAAAAUUGAAUUGUUUAGCCUCGUUUAUGAUGAACGACAGCCUGUUUAAUUUCCGUAGCGUUUUUUUUUAGACACCCUGUGUAUAUAUAUAUAUAUAUAUAUAUAUAUAUAUAUAUAUAUAUAUAUAUAUAUAUAUAUAUAUAUAUAUAUAUAUAUAUAUGUGUGUAGUGGUUUUUGAGUUGUUUUCAUACGAGUGUAUACCAAACCGGGCAAGCAGAAAAUUGUACUUGACCGCGGCUGGGAUUCGAACCCGCGACCUUCGUAUUUCUAGAACGAUGCUCUACCGUCUGAGCUACAAGGUCAAGCUGAGAACGACUUGUUAAGUUAUGAUGUUAGUUGCAUGAAAACAACUAAAAAAACCACUACAUAUAUAUAUAUAUAUAUAUAUAUAUAUAUAUAUAUAUAUAUAUAUAUAUAUAUAUAUAUAUAUAUAUAUAUAUAUAUAUAUAUAGGCUUUCGUAGUUGGUACCAUGAACAGCACACUUCGCUAAUAGUUUCCUUUCCCCGGGUGUAAAUAGUUUACUCCCGGAACGGGCAAGGUUUACGCCCGGAACGGGGCUCCGCUCCGUUGGCUCGGUGAAAUGUCUGGUGAAAAGACACUGUGUAAAGUAAAUUAAAUGCAAUGAUUAAAAUGAAUGACAAUAAAAACCCGGCAUGAAGUAUAUCUGAAAAAGUUAGCGAUUCGAAUUGAAUAUACUAUUAAGUUAAUAUAAUAUAGUUACAAAUAAACUUGCAGAUUUGGGUAGCUUGGUCCGCUAAAAUUGUUUCAGAUCACGCUUGUUUCAGUAUAACAGUACUGAAACUUUGAGUUACAACAGUUGUUUUGAAUGGUGAUAGAAAUUUGAAAAUUAGCAACUAUUGCGUUUCAAAUGAUACGCUGCCAGCUCAAGUUCCCGAAAUGACCCAUGCAUGCAUGCAUGUCAUAACGCGUGACUUUCCCUUUCGAAAUAGUGCAUAAUGCAUGGGACUUUAAAUAAUUUACGGUCUGUUUUGUAAAAGAGAGAACAUGUUUUUAAACAGUUGUGAAAUUAGGAAUUCCAUUUCAGAAGUUUUAGUAUUGGUCAGAGCCGCGCUCUGCCGCCGCGGGAUCGCAGAGUCGUAUCACUGUAGGUUUGAUUCCUGCAGCGGGCCUAUAUUAACUUGAAUUCGUAUUUUUCACAACCACUUGGGUAAUUAGGCUUAUAAUUUAGGCUUUUCGUUGAAAAUAGUUCUAUCCGUAAAAACCUUUCAGCGUACAACCAUGAAGUUUAUUAGAGCCAGAUGCGCAUAUAACAAUACCCGUUUAAGUUAAAAUGCUGCCCAACAAUGUGGUUGCAGGUCCCAAAUGGUUUGGGUGCCUUCGAUGUUCCAGUGCAGCAAUUAAUGCUAUAUUAUAUACGUAAGAUAUUGAUUGCACGAUCAAAACAUAUUUUGAAGUAGGCAUGACACAAAAAACCGGAAUUGUUUUUACCAUGCUUGUUUUUGGGAAUGGACCCUUUUUAAUUAAUUUUUGAAAAUAAUUAUGUGUAUCUUCUCUUUUUGUACUUCUGCCGUCAUUUUGUCGUUGAAAAGCCCAAGAGAUGACAGCAUUUUUUUGAAACCGACUGCCGGCAGAUGUAAAGGUCCGAUCACACUACACAACGAUAACGAUACGAUAAUUUGUAUACGCGCGCUGAUUGGUAAAAAGUUUAUCGUUAUCGUCUGACUGAAAAAAGAUGGCUCGGGUGAGCGAUUUAAAAAUCGUUAUCGUUAUCGUCAAAGGAUAAUUUUAUCUGCUUCGUCCCUAGUCGCUUCAGUUGGGAAUAGAGAUCAGCGGAAAAACAAUGGGAGCGGGGCUUAAUGGGAAUGCGAUAGAAUCUGAAGCGAUUCGGAAAUCCCGCAUCCAAGAUGGCGACCGUUGUAAUGGCCGAGAAAAUGCAAAUAGGGAGGAUUUUUACUCUUUUUUCAAGGUCGUUAUGCAUGGCGAGGAAACGUUAAAGUAUAUUUCCUGCUUAUUGAAGAAGAGUACGAAGGUAUGUUCAUUUACAUUUUACAUAUUUUACGCUAAAAAAUGUAUCAAUUGUCACAAUUUAAUAUAUGUACAUAUUUAAAAAUAUCAAUCUUAAAUUAUCUAAAUUAAUAGCUUCGAAUUUUGACUGUAGACAUUGGUAAGUGGUUCUUGGUUCGACAUUAUUGGAGAAGGAAACGUUAUUUCCAUAUUUGGCCAAGAUCCGAAAGAAGUUGCCAAAAUAUACGGAAUGUUUCUUUUGCACUCUUAGUGGCAAACUAAAGACAUAUACACCGAUCAAAAUAAUUCCUGUCGAAUCUCAGCUAAAAUAUUGUUAAAUAAAUUUCUAUUAAUCAAUAGUUUUGUAGCUAGCCUUUGCACCAUGUGCAAGUUGCAAGGUGCCAUCUUGAAUAUAUUGUUAAUUUUUUUCACCAUUGUUUGCAUAGUUGCAUCCCUUGCAAAUUUACCUAUAGGGAAUUUUAUUGUGUUUGCACCCCUUGCAGGAAAGGUGAAGGGUCUAUUGCCAAGUCUAUUGCUUUCUGUUUUUGAGGCUUAACACCAUACUGACUACUGAGUUGAUUUCAUUGACGCACUUUUCCAAAACACAUCCUUAUGCACUUACUCCGCAUCAGGUUUGAGUGAUUCAAACAGUGACAGUACCUUAAAAAAGGCCUGCUAUACAUAGUGAUAUCUCUCUUAUCAAGCAAACCCAGCUUUCGCAGAAACAUUCCCUAUGUUUGAGCCUCUUUUAGCAUACUGUUCUUACUAAUUUUAUUGGGGAAGAAACAUAGGUGGGUGGGGCCUAGCCAAUUAGAUCAUGCAUCAAGGUUGUCAGAAGUGGUGGUGGGGGGGGGGAGACAUGAGCCCUGCCCCCGCCCAAUAUUCCAUUUGUAUAAGCAAACACACACAGAAGAACUAGAAAAGUGCAAAAGCAAUUCAAAUUUAUUCUUGAGAUUCCCCCCACCCAAAAAACAAAAUUGGAGGCCUUGUGUAUAUAUAUAUAAUAAGUUUUCAAAAAUAUCUGACUUUCGAAGAAGAUCUUUUCUUGCAGGCUACUAAACAAAACAAGAAAUGAAACAAGAUGGAAUGAAUAUUUAUUAAAUUAUAGAUUGUGAUACAAAUUUAAAUUAAUUAUGAUACAAAUUUGUCUAUUGUGCUUGUGUGAUGCUACUCUGAGUGUAUAUCCGCAACGGGCAGGCUUGAAAAAUAUGCCUGGCCACGGUGGGAAUCGAACCUACGACAUUUCGAAUACUAGCCCAACGCUCUGCCAACUGAGCUACGCGGUCAAGUCGGUUCGAAUAUGCGAUAUUUUGGAACUGAGUCUAGUUCCUUCGAUAUCAGACUUCAGCUCAGUUGGUAGAGCGUUGGUCUGGUAUUCGAAUGGUCGUAGGUUCGAUUUCCACCGUGGCCAGGCUUAUUUUUCAAGCCUUCCCGGUGUGGACAUACACUCAGAGUAAGAUCACACAAGCAUCUUAUUCACCUGAGUACAUUACACCAACACAGCAAAUAUCAUGAUUAUUAGAUUGCACUGAUAUCGAAGGAACUAGACUCAGUUCCGAAAUAUCGCAUACUCGAACCGACCUGACCGCGUAGCUCAGUUGGCAGAUCGUUGAGCUAGUAUUCCAAAGGUCGUAGCUUCGAUUCCCACCGUGGCCAGGCAUAUUUUUCAAGCCUGCCCGGUGUGGAUAUACACGCAGAGUAAUAUCACACAAGCAUCUUAUUCACCUGAGUACAUUACACCAACACAGCAAAUAUCAGUUUAUCUAUUGUUUGAAUAUUAUAAAAAGUACUCAGUAAGUACAAAAUAUGUACAAAAUACUCUGCAAUGUACAGGCAUCUGUCACCAUUUAUUAUAAUCAUAUCUUCAAGGAACUUGUAAACAUAAAAUUGCAGAGAUCUGUAAAAAAUAUGCUUUCAUUGUUAACUCAGAGGGAAAGAAGUAUUAUUUUGUGUAGUAGUCCGAUGUAUUUACUUGGGUAUUGGGGGUGGGGGUUCUGUGUGAAAUCCUUGGCAAUUAUCAAACAAAAUAAUAAAGUAUUUGGUCUUUAUGACCUCAUAGACAAAUUUUGUUUUCAAAAGAAAUUGACAUGCUUGGCUACUUGAGCUUGUCUGGAGUCCAAGUGAUGAUGCAUCCUGCCUCAGUUGUUGGUCAGGUCCUGUUUUAUGACCAACCCUGGUUUAAGCUACCCUCGUACCACAUCAAGUUAUAUAUGCAUGAGGGAAAAUAGGUUGAGGUUUCAACUAUUAAUUCCACUUGCAAUAUCUACAUAUACCCCAUAUGAAAUUUUGGGUCAAAAUGUAUUUUAGCCGGCUAAUUUCUUCUCUUUAGCCACAAAAUACACCACAACGCACUCUAAAAUUAUAAUACCUUGAUUUCAGUACGUCCAGAAAUUUUGAAACCUCCAAGUAUCUCGACCACCAAGAAUUCUGUAACAGGUAGUGGGUUUAUUCAGAAACUACCGUAAUGGUAUAUAUAUAUAGUUUUUCUCAAGUUUUCUGGAAUGACUAUUCACAUAUGUUAUGUGAAUUACUAUUCAACUAUUUUGCAGUGAGACAAUUGUGUGUUUUUAAUCAUCAUUUGGCUGGAUAAACGCCUGUCUGAUUUAUCUCACGAAGGAUGAUACAUCAAAACAAGAAUCUGCAAAACAAAUUAACUGUUAUAAUCAGUGUUGUAUAUAUAAUUGCAAUGAACACAAUUUCAGAAACAUGUUACCAAAUAAGUUUUUACUAUUUUUAGUUACGUGAAAUAAACUGUUAUAAUCAGUGUUGUAUAUAUAAUUGCAAUGAACACAAUUUCAGAAACAUGUUACCAAAUAAGUUUUUACUAUUUUUAGUUACUUUGCAUGUAAGCUUCAGCAUACGAACAUUGAAUUUAAUUUAAUUUGGUUCAGAACAGUUAACAACGGAUACAAGUGGCACAGCAAGUCAAUUAGAUUCCCCGACGACCAAGAAUUUAUCAACUGCAGGUGAGGGAUAUUAAGGCUUGGAUUAAGUACACAAAUAUUGGGUAUUUUUAGCUAAUUAUCAAGAACGAGGUUUCUUAGCGAGAUACAUCCCUCGGGAGCUUGAUAGCGUUCAGAAAGCAUCCCUCGGGACGCUUUCCUUGGGUCACGCCCUUGGGUUGUAUCUCGCUAAGGGAAAGUACAGUUAUUACGCCGAGGGAAAGGGGUCGAUAAAGAGGCGUGUUGCAACCAGGGCCGGAUAAGCAAUAUUAGUGUUACCGGGCUUUAACGUGAAAGGGCGCGCCACUGGUGACGUAAUAACCAAGAGGAAUAUCAGCGAAUUUUCUCUUUCUGUGACUCGAAUUAUAAAUUAAGUUAAAGAAAAAUUACAUUUCUAUAACGUUAUAUAAAGAUAGUUCUUACCAAAUAUUAGAUUUCAUAUUAUCAUAUAUAGGUUACAAUGUAGGCUUCAUCGCAAUAGAAGUCUCUGAUAUUCAGAUGAAUGUUGCGCCACAUUAUCAAUAAUGUUGUCCAUGGUAAAAGAAUCUAACAGUUUGUUUUCCACCAUGAUUAAUAGCACCGAUUCUAGAUGAUUUGCCGAUAACGUGCCUCAUAAUUGUGUUUUAAACAGUUUAAGUUUGAAAAUGUUCGUUUGCAAAAUGUUGUUUUGUAACAAGCAAAGUCAAAGCCAGUUUGAAUACCUGAUACAAGUUCUUGUAAGCAGCCGAAUGCAUCUCAUAACGACUCCGUAACCCAGGAGGGCCUGUUCGCAGGCUAAAAAACAUAUACAAUAUACACAUGUCGGGCAAUUGUUGCAUCUUCUGCCUUUCUGGCAGCAUCUAAUAAAUCUACGAUGACUUGAUAGUUCCUGAUUCUCACCAUCAUCACGGGCAUCAUCUUCAGUCUCUUCAUGGUCAUCAUAGGCUGCAGUACUUUAAUGAGGCCUUGGUUAAGUUGAUUCAUUUCAAUUUGAACCUAUGCUUGCGCAUAGUCUAUCCCAGCAGUUUGAAAUUAAUUGCUGAGUGGUCGCAAAAAUCUAAACAUGCUAAGGAAAACCAUGGCAGUAAGGAUUACCCGAUAUUCCAAGAGCUUAUCUCUAAGCCUUGCAGCUUGAGUUCUUACGGAUUGGUUUUGACUGUUAGAAUGCAGUAAACACGUCAAGCAACGGAUUAUAGCAAGGUAAACAGAUGAGUCUGGAUCUUGAAAUGAACCAAAGAUGCGCGUUAAAGCACGAGACUAGUUGCUUGACUAUCUGGUGUUGCUUACCAUUUGCAGACGCUUUUGUCCAUCGGUUCCGAUUUGACAUUUAACAAUCAUAUCCCUCCAGACGUCCAUACACUUGUACGAAUCACUGAAAGAAAUUACCAGCUUCUCCACCAGACCAGACAAAGAAGACGAAUCAUACACAACUGGGUUGAGUGUAUGAGCAUCACAGCGAACAUACACGUGCAUGGUUUGGAACGUUCUCCUUUGUUUUAGCCUGCAGUCCAUUGUAAAUAUCACUUACAUUUGCGGCACCGUCUGUGCUAUCGGCUAUACAAUUUUUAAACACAAUUUUACGUAUUUCUAAAGCAUUCUUCAAAAGUUGGAAUAGUCCUUCACCUUUUCCUCAGUGGGAGGGUGCCACACACAACAAACACUCGUUCGAUUCACUUAGAACACAACGGAUACAUACUUGGUCAAUAACGCUAAUAUCUUAUGUAGAAUUUAACAAUAUUGCGUUUCAUUUAAAUUAUUUAAAUAAAUUUUUGAUUUACAAAUUUAAUGCGAUCGAGUGGCGUUAUUUAUACAACUAUGUAAGCAUUAUUGCCAUGGUUUUCGGCCUGCGAGCAGGCGUUCAAGCGACUUCCAGGCCCUUUUAAUAAAAAUUUAAGGUCAAGGAUAAACCUCUUUGGGGCACCCAUUGUACAAAACUGGGGGCCCACAGGGCGAUCGCCCGGUAGCCCGAUGGGCUAAUCCGCCCCUGGUUGCAACCUUCUUUUACAUAUUCCAAGUGGAGCUCCCCCAUGCGGUAGUGCCUCUAAUAGGCGAAAUACAUAAUUGCAGUAUAGACUUCAAUUUUAUUCAUUGACAUUGUUCUCUUCUGUUUGUAUUAUGUAUAUAUUAAAACUAAAAAGUGAAAGCUAAUUCUGCCAAAGCAUUAUGAAAGUAUGAAUUGUAAUCUUAUCUACCUGAAGGGGCAGUAAAUCUCCGAAACGUCGUUUGUUGAUGAAAUAAACACAUUAAAAGAAUCUUUCUGUGGUCUAUACAUUGAACACAAAAUAUAUAAUGAAAGUGUUCAUGUUGGCCUCCUGGACCAAAACUUGGAAAAGUUUAUAGCCCCCUUCGUUAUAUCGAGAACUUCAGAGGCCCCCUUUAAUGCGGAAAGAUACCCGGUACCCCCCUUAACAUCUUCAUCCCCCCUCCUCGGCAUGAUAAAUUUACUUUCCCUAAGAAAUCUCGUACUUGGUAAUUAGUUCUAACAUAACAUAACAUAGCGAAACUUUGCUUUCUGUGUUGCUACCCAUGAGUACUAGAACAACAUUCCUUGAACAAUAAUGCCUAGUAUCUAUCCGAGAUUACACUGGUUUUUCCUUUUUAAAUUAUACGUACUGUAUUGUAUUUUCGAUUAUACCUUUUUAAUUAGACGUAUACUGUAUUGUAUUUUCGAACUUUCGUUCGAAAGUAUAUAUUGAAACCUGAUUUAAAUUUUAGAAGAUUAGUUUUAUGUUGAGUUUUACCGGGCCAAUACACCAUUUGGGCAUGAUAACCAGAAAUAUUAGCAAUUUAUUUUCGUCAUAAAUAUCAAUGCACUGUAGGAAAAUUAAUUAUUGCAAAAAUACUCUUUGUCAGCUCAGGCUGAGUGAUUGUGGUUGCUCGCGGUUUCAUGUAGCGGAAUAUUCUGCAUUAGUAAUCGAUCCAGAUGAUCAUUUUUCCUUCAAGCAAUGAUUCAUGCAGUUAAUCAUUUAAUGGAAAGAACGGACCAAUGCGCAUACAAGGCUAAUAUUAUUCCAAGGUUGAAGGAUUUUGCAGAUGGAAAUCGGAAUGUAAAUAUUAUAUAUUUAUUUAGACCUAAUCACUGUAAUCAGGAACAGUUGCAAAAAAUGCAAAUAUAUAGGCACUCUGGUAGCGUCGAACCAGCGCCCUGUGACUCCGAUGAAGCGCUCAUUGGCCAACUGAGCCAUGGUUAAGUCUAAAUAAAUGUAUAAAAUUUGCAAUCGAAAUUUCUAUCUACCGAAUCUUCAAAAUGAAUAUAUUUGUAAUUUGUCUUCCCUGAACCAAGGUGAAGAGUGUAUGUGACGCAUUCAUUAGAAAAUGUAUACUUUUGCUUUAUUGAAUUGUGUUUCAUUGUUAUAACCAACAAAUCACAAAACUUGUUCAUAUACCGUCGGUUGAUGAGAAUCCAGAUAUUAUAGUCCGCCAUCGCCCAUGGAAAUUUGGGCAAGUGCUAGGGAAAAUAAGGAAGCAAUCGGGAAAAUUUGUCACGAAAUAGUUUAUAUUAAACUCACGCCGUCAUUUCCUGAUUACAAUAUUCGACAAAAAUACAGGCAAAAGUGCUGCCCCGAAAAGUAUCAGGUCCGUACAUGCACUUAAUAUGCUCUUGAUGCGCUUGAAGGUUAAUUUGGAAUGUAUAUUCUCUAAAAUGCAUACGCAAAUGCACAAAUAUUAUUGUUCAAACGUACGUGAAAAUACUAUGCAACCAAACCAUCUGGACUGGAGCAAAUAAGAAGCUGACAUUCAAACAUGUUGAUUUUAUUAGGUUCACAAGAGUUAGGACCUUCAACAGGCAUUGCAACAAAUCGAAAUGUCCCGACCAUCAAAAAUUCUGUAACAGGUAAAAGUGUUUGUUGUUCAGAAACUAUAUAUGUUUUCCUUAUAAGACUUUCUGAAAUGACUAUACACAUAGCCUAUUAAGUGUUUUCGAUAUAAAGGAUUCAUUUGCUGUUGUGUUUAUUUUGCAAAUAAUUUGGUUGAGCCACAUAUUGCUAAUUGCUAGGCGUUUUAUUAGAGCAGCGUUUCAUGAUCAAGAGGGUAUUCAGCCAAGAUUGUAGAUCGCAAGGGGCCCGCAACCCUCCCAUAUUACUUGUAGAUAUUUGGAAAGUAAUGUCUGAAGUAAUGAUAUUAUUGUAAUUGUUGAAAUGGUGGUAUCAUAAUGGCUCUUCGUUGAGUUGUCUGCAUUAAAUAUAUUCACUAAUGCGAAGUAAUUUUACUAAUUUUUUAGCAGUUAAACAAUUAACAGUCACUUAUUAAUUGUGAACCAUCGACUGCCAAUGUUUUCCUAGACGAUUCCCUAUGUGUCCCAUGCUGUUAAUAAGUAUUAAUCUGCAAGAAAACAAAAACAUCAUAAAUAGGGACGUUUCCAUAAUUCUCCUCCGUAACUCAAAGAUUUAAUUAUUCACCGGUGAAUAAUAAAAAAAUGCAUGUCCACCACUCUCAUCUGUUGCCAGGAAGCAGUCGAAUUCGCGACUUUCAGGUGAUUAGCUCUCCUCCAUCGAGGUGCAUUUGCGAAAAAUGAAACUAAAAUCUCUUUAGCUGGAAUCGAAUCUGUGGUUCUGCGAUCACGGUGGAGCGCUCAUUAUAACCAACUGAUCUAUGAGCUAUAUACAAAGACGACCUGGUUAGGUCUCAAUACAUAUAUAAAAUUUAUUCAGCUCUAACCCCAGCUUGUUGGUGAUGCCGGCAUAAGGUAUGGGUAACAUAUAGCUAACACUUGAAGAGUUUUUGAAAAGAUGUAAAUUAAAAUUGGAAGGAUAUAUGCAUCUUUUUCUGUAGCUUAGUUGGUUAGAGCACGGCACUGAAAUAGCAGGUGCGAUUCGCCGAUUCCUACCAUAGGCCUAUGGUUUCAUUUUUCGCAACUGCUCCAGGUUAUUUUCCAAAACAAUUGUAUAUAAAAUUUCCAUCUACAAAAAAACUUCAACUGUUAGUUCCAUUGAGUCCCAAAACAUUUCGAUAUAUACUGGAAGAGCGCGAGAUCAUGACUUGCAUGUGACUUGGGUGAACCAUCCAUGCACUCACAUUUUCUGCCAUCGACAUUAUACAUAACCCGUUAAUAUUAAAAAAUAUUUUUGUUCAGGGAACGCAGCUGGCAACAAGAUUCAUAAUAAGACCACUGUGAUAUUUUGGCAUAUUGUUGUUGCAUUGGUGUCUGGUAUUUUUAUUGGCAUAAUCCUUUCGUACAUUGUGGUCUAUUAUCGGUGUCGUUCUCGAAAUAAACAAAUCCAAUCAAAACUUGCGCAGCAGCCCCCGCAGGGCGAUUCAGUUUACCAAGAACUGGAUCUAAAUAAAAUGGGUAACAAAGAAUGUUAUCAACCACUGAAGGUUAAUUCUGCUGGUGAUGAAGCAAUUUAUGAAAAUGAGCUCGAGCCAACUUACACUAAGUUGAACCAAACCAGAGAUGCUGAGAACACUUAUCAAACAUUGGCUUGA